AAUAGUCCUAAUAUGUGAAGUUUAAAUGAGGAUACACAUAUAUCAUGACAACACACCUCGUUACCAGGAUUACAGAUUAUUGUAGUAAAAUGUAUGCAUUCUGUUUCUGUCUACACAGAAUACAAAAAACAAAUAUCAAUGUAUGCAUCUCUUCCGGGCUCAUCAUUUUCAGCUUAGUUUCCUAUGGAACACACGACUGGGCUAAACACAAAUCAAACAGCGAUACCUUUCGGCUAACAGCGUCGCUUCAAGCUGAAAACGGGAGUCAUGAAAUGCUGACGUCAUUCCUCUGCUACACAAACGACGUCAAAUUUUUCCACACACUUCGACAUCGACCGAAAAUUUUCGAAGCCAAAUAUUCGGAGACGGACUUUGUUUUCUUGACAGUUGGCAGUGAUAUAGAAAACAUUUUGAAUCGCGGACAUAUACCAAACCAAAAACCUUGUUUUACUAUGAACGAUACGUUCUUGUAUCAUUGCUGUGGAUAUUCGCCUUAUCUAAAGGAAUCUGGGAAAAAUUUGAUAACGCGGGAAACAAACUUUGUGUAUGAAAGACAUGUUGUAACUGAUAAUUACAUUCGCAUAGAAGACUUUAUCAAUGGCAAGCCGGAAAUGGUCGACUUACUGAUAAAAUUCAGUUUAGAUACGUCAAAUCAAACAAAAACUGACGUUGUUUGCAAACAUCGGUGUCGCGGUGACGUCCCUGUCGAUAACUAUCCGGAGAUACAUAUUUACGUUGACACGCAAAAUGCAGACAGAAAUCUUACAAAGAACGCGUUUCACUGGUACUUAUGAUGUGUUGUUGAGUUGUUAAAUUUGUUCACUUUUCAACCUUGACCUUUUGUGCAAUUUCUUUACAAUUGGUAACUGGUCUGUCGAAUGAUAUGUAUACAGACUUCCCACACAUUCGAUAUGUUUACAUUUAGGAAAUUGUCUGCUAUACACCUGCUAUCUACUAUAUAACGCUGACCGCAAGUAGGGGACAAUCAAAGCAUUAAAAGUGUCGUUGAGUGUGGUUUGGUAGACCUUUCUGACGCAUGUCUCGUACUUAAUGACCAGUAGGGAAAACUUCCCGUUUUGGACAUCAAUUUACGGUUUUCCCUACUUCCCGAACGGGAAACUUGUUACUAAAUAUAAUAACUUGCUUCCCGGGAAGUAAAAUCAUAGUAGGGAAAAAGUCAGUGGUUUGCUUCCCGAACAAAACGACAGUAAGGAGUGAAGCCGAGAAUAUUUGCAUUUACAGUUGUAUAGUCACUUCUACAUAAUAAUGAAAUAAAACUUUCUAGACUCGAGAAAGAAAACAAACAGAAUAAACGUUUGCGAUGAAGAAAAUAAAAAACAGUCAUAUCAUAUAUGUUAUAACUUAUAAAGAUAUCAGCAUGUCUUCUUUAUGAGUUCCGCACUUACAAAUUAUAUUAUCAAUGCACUUAAGAAAUAAAAUGUUUGUAAAAUUAAUGAUCAACUACAAUACUGCCAGUGACGUAAUCAUAGGCUGGACUUUCUUAUCAUAUUAACAAGUCAGAAUGGGACUAUUUAAUGUCGCGGGAUGUGUUACAUUUUAGGUUUACAGUAAGGAUUGUAUGAUUUUCAUAAGUAUUUUUUAUUAUUCUGGUCUAGGUAAACCCCACCCAUCCAGAUCUCUGUGAGAGACGGGGGUCCUUGACUGAUGGCUUCUGUAGUAAAUGAACCUUUAUUUUGAUUUGAUUGCCGCCAGUGUUCAAUAUCUAGUGAAAUUUUAGUUUCAUAAAAAUAUCGUUUCUCCAGAUUUUAAGCUAAACAGUGUGUUUUGUGAAGAUGUUAUUCUUAGACUGUACUGCGAAAAUGGUAACGUAUUGAAAUAUUGUAUCACUGACUACCAUUCAACAUUCUCAUCCAUCUGAGGUUCGUCGAAGUCCCCGAGACGAACGUCCAACUAAGGAACCAUGGUAGACCUCUGGUAUUCGAGAAUGCCAUUCAGUCGCACUCUAGCGAGGCUAAGGUUUUUAUGAUUAUGGUUUUACUGAGUAUUUACCUUUAAAACAGGUUUAACAAAAGAAAAAUGUAUUUCAGAUUUGCGUUUAGAAAAAAAACCUAUUCACUCAGUAAAUAAAAAUAGUUGAUUGUUUCAAAACGCCACAGUAAAUAAAAUGAACUUUAAUAUCGA